UAAAAAGAAACCAAAGAAAGAAGGAAAGGUACAAACUAGAAUAAGUACAUGGCACCUCUUUAUAUAUUCUCAUAACACAUAUCUCUCUUUUUCCCUCUGUUCUUUAGACCUCAAAUUUCAAAUAAGUUUGUUAAUGAAGUAAACAAUCUUGUAUGUUUCUUCUUGGUCUUUAUGAAAUGGGUUUUCUUAAAUAAAUAGUACUAUUCAUUGGGGGCACAAAAGUCAGUUUCUUCAAGAUAUGAAAGAAAAACUAAUUAUGAAGAACAGAGGAGAUCAUCAUCAGCAACAACAAUCUUCAAGAAGCUUUAUAUCACAAAAAUGGACACUUUUAUUAUGUAUUGGAAGUUUUUGUGCUGGUUUACUCUUCACCAAUAGAAUGUGGGCAGUGUCUGACUCUAAACUUAUUACAAGACCAACUUUUCUAGAAUCCGAAGGCCUAAAGUUAGUAUCGGAAGGAUGUGAUCUAAGUAAGAUUAAGAAUGUAAAGCGCGAUCCAAAAGAGAUAUUUGGGGAGGUAUCGAAAACUCAUCAGGCUAUACAGACAUUAGAUAAAACAAUAUCGAGCUUAGAAAUGGAGUUAGCUGCAGCACGGUCCAUUCAGGAAUCAAUUGCGAAUGGAUCUCCAAUAUCAGAAGAAGACACAAGGAGUUCAACUGAGAAGAGAAAGUAUUUAAUGGUUGUUGGCGUUAAUACAGCUUUUAGCAGUCGUAAAAGAAGAGAUUCUGUGCGAGCUACUUGGAUGCCUCAAGGUGACAAAAGAAAGAAAUUAGAGGAAGAGAAGGGCAUUAUAAUGCGUUUCGUCAUUGGCCAUAGUGCAACGAAAGGGGGCAUACUAGAUCGAGCUAUUGAAGCUGAAGAUAGAAAGCAUGGUGAUUUCUUGAGACUGGACCAUGUAGAGGGAUACCUAGAAUUAUCCGCAAAGACAAAACAAUAUUUUGCAACCGCUGUUACUAUGUGGGAUGCUGAGUUUUACAUCAAAGUGGACGAUGAUGUCCACGUGAACAUAGCCACACUAGGUCAUACUUUAGUUAGACAUAGGAAGAAAAAAAGGGUAUAUAUUGGAUGCAUGAAAUCUGGUCCAGUACUAGCUCAAAAAGGAGUAAGGUACCAUGAACCAGAACAUUGGAAAUUUGGCGAGUCAGGAAACAAGUAUUUCCGACAUGCCACAGGACAAUUAUACGCUAUAUCAAAAGAUUUGGCUACAUAUAUAUCAUUGAACCAACACGUAUUGCACAAAUAUGCAAAUGAAGAUGUUUCUUUGGGUUCUUGGUUUAUCGGUCUUGAUGUGGAGCAUAUUGAUGACCGAAGAUUAUGUUGUGGAACUCCCCCUGAUUGUGAGUGGAAGGCACAAGCGGGUAAUGCGUGUGUAGCAUCAUUUGACUGGACUUGCAGUGGCAUUUGUCGGUCUGUCGAUAGGAUUAAGGAAGUCCAUAGACGAUGUGGUGAGGGCGAAAACGCUGUUUGGGCAGCUACAUUUUGAGACUUGACCAAUGAGUUACAUUAUCUUUCUAAAUUUGGAAAGAGUGUAAGAUCAAGAAACUGAAGGGAGGUUUGUAAAGAAGGAAAAAAAAUGUAUAUUUUGACACCAUUUGGAGUGGAAAGUUGGGAAGCCAAUUGAAGAGAUGCCCUGCUAUGCAAUAUUUCGUCAAAAUAUUACAAAGAGGAAAUCAAGCAAAGCAAGAGGCUCUUUGCACAUUUGUUUCUCUCUAUUUUUGGUAUUAAUAAUUUCACUUGAACAGUUUUAAGGUAAUAUGGGUUCAAGUUGCAAGUGCAUAGUGGAUUUUGAUUCUAUAUAUGGUAUAUUAAGAUCAAAUUAUUUCGAUC